UUAUUUGUCAAUGUAUGUACCUAAUGUAAUAAAAGCAAAUUUUAUUGUUAAUUUUAGCUUAUUAAAACCUUAUAUUCAGUAAAGGUUUUCUCUUAUUACAAUAUAUUUUAUUUUCCAUUUUGGAUAUGUGCAAGACGCGUCAUGCUAAGAGGUUAAUAAUCCAUCAAUAUUACAUAUUUAAACAGAAACAAUAAAAUAACAAAACAAUUUGACACUGGGUGUUGCCGCCAAAUGCUCCCAACCAAAGAUAUUACAAACGCUACGAUAAAGAUCAACGGACUAACUACACCACUGAACUACUAUAGUUUAGACUGAUCGAACAAACGAAAGUAAGCCUGUCAAAUGUCAUUUCGACAAAAUUCAGUGUAUUAUCUAUGUUUCGCCACUUGAACUUGAACCAAAAUCAUAGAUUAAACGACUAAUAAAAUGGCAUGUGAUAAUACAAAAAAUGGUGGUGAAAAUGAAAAUGGAUCUAAUAAAAACAUAGAACCUCCAGAAGAUGAUAACAAUGAAGAUAUAACAGAAGAGUAUGAAUUAUUAGAAUCUACAUUAGAUGAACUUAAUUCUGCAUUGGAUUUCUUGGAGCGUAAAAAUGAUGAUAUUCACCAACAAUUGAAAGAGCUUUUGCAAUCCAAUAUUGCAAUUAGACAAGAAAUGCGUGAAGAAAAUAAGGAAGUCAACAACAGUAAUUGAAGAAAUGCAAAUACAGCACUAUUUUAAAUUUAAUUGUGCAAAUAUACAUGUUACCUAGUGUAAUUUGUUUGUCUCAAAAGUGUAAAAUAGAAAUUGUUAAUCUUAAUAUUACCAUUUAUCAAUAUUUAGUGACCAAUACCACAAAGUGAGCGUGAGUUUUAAAUAAUGUAUUAUCAUACAUUUACGAUAUUUAAGUAUGAAUAAUUAUUUAUCUUGUUUGCACCAUUUAAAUGUUAUAAGUUGCAUAUUUAUGUCAAUAGGAAUGAACAAUAACAUUUAGUUGAGCAUUGUUCACAGAAAAAAAAUGGGUCAAUAAAACAUAAUAUAACAUAAAACAA